AUAGACUCGGACAAACACACGUUUAGUUUCUCACCAGACUCUCCAGCCACACAGGCAGCAGCAGAGAAGACGAACCGAGUCCUUAGACAACCGUGAACUGGACACCGACUCCAAAAAGCACCACCAUGGGAAAAGGAUGCAUUGCCGUUACCAAGUACUUUCUCUUCCUCUUCAACCUUCUCUUCUUUAUCUUUGGGGCAUUGAUCAUGGGCUUUGGUGUGUGGGUUCUCUUCGAUAACCAGAGCUUCAUUGCUGUUCUACAGGAAUCGUCACACACUGUGAAAGUGGCUUCAUACAUCCUUAUCGGAGUAGGCUCCCUGUCAAUGGCCAUGGGUUUCUUCGGCUGCAUUGGAGCCAUCUACGAAAUCCGUUGUCUUCUGGGUCUGUACUUCACCUGCCUCCUGCUCAUCCUCAUUGCCCAGGUCACUGCCGGAGUUCUCAUUUACUUCCAAAGAGAUCGGUUGAAACAUGAGAUGUCCAACAUCAUAAAGACCAUGAUGAUCAACUACACUGGCCAGAACAGGACCACGGAGCACACCUGGGACUAUAUUCAGAGGACGAUGAAAUGCUGCGGAUGGACUGGUCCAGGCAACUGGUCGGAGAAUACUGUGAUCAAGAACAGCACCCAGAAACUCUAUUCAUGCUCCUGUCGCAACGAGUCGCUGCCUGGCACCGACAUGAAAGAAGUCGGCCUGUGUGAGCAGCUCUCCUCGGAACCACCUGUCUAUGAAACGGGCUGCAUAACCAGCGUGGAGAAAUGGCUCCUGGACAACUGUGGAGUUAUUCUGGGAAUCUGUGUCGGUGUGGCAGUUGUGGAGCUCCUCGGGAUGAUCCUCUCCAUGUGUCUGUGCAAGAGUGUCGUCCAGGAGGAUUAUACCAAAGUACCGAAGUACUGAGCUGAGGACAGAGCAGCUUCACAUCACACACAGACGGAUGGAGUCUCCCUCUCUCUCUCCUCGCCUCACAUUCCUGCGAACACAUACACACAAAUUAAGACAGCUGUCGCCACCAUUUCAGCUUCUCGUGUCCUCACAGCUGUGCAAAUUUCUCACGCUCCACAUGUCCCACACACACACACACACACACACAACACACACCUCUCAAUCAAGCUUGACACACUUGUUGGACCUAAGUUGACUAGUCACCUUUUCUUUGUCUUAUCAUUCGUGUUUGUUUCAAGGAGACAUUUAUGAUAUUUUGGGGGGAAGCUGAAGAAUUUUGUGGUUUGAUGCUGUGCAAAUGUUCAUUUAUAUGUCGUCUUUUCUUCUCGGCUGACCUCAACGAAGCGCUUAACACAGUGGUAGAGAGAGCACUUUAGUGAUACUUGGCGAGCUGGGAGCCAGAGCGUCCUCUGACUCCAAGGCAGGAAGAUGAGAGGGGAACGGGAGGGUGUGGGUGGGUGCAUGGUAGACCCAUCUGAAGGAUUAAUGCCACUCUGUGAUCCUGCAUCUGGUAUUUUUGGUGCAGAGGGUGGAGGAAAGGCCCAGGGCAGGGCUGCUGCGGUGAAGGUUUUGGCUUCUGUCAUCAGCUCCAUGUAGCCCCAGUGGCCCUGAUAUUAUCCUCCGUUGACACCCACCACCACCACCACCUCCUCCUCCCUGCCGCUAUCCAUCAUCUGUUAGCGUCUCUAAAUCACGUCUCUGUCUUCCUUUUGGGUGUGUACGACUGGUAACCAGUAGCUCUUCAAAAAAGGACCAGUUCUGCAUGAAGUAAGUGUGUGUAUGAUGUGUUGAGUGAAUAUUUUAUUUCUUUUUUUUUUAUACUCUUAUGUCAUCUGUUUUGUUUUUUUUUUACAAUUGUGUAUAUAUGACUUUGGUAAGGGCACUUCAGUGCUUUGUCAGCGUUUUAUAUGAGAAAAUCUUUCACCCACAUGCUGUUGUUUUAAGAGUCCUAUUGUUCUUUGUUUCCUCUCUGUUGUUUAUGAUGUGCAGAGUAUGGCUGCCACAGCAGCUUGUCAGCACUAUUGUGGUCAGAAUCGGAGAAAUUGGAACCCUCAGUGGAUCUGUCAUCACUCUUAAAGCCAUAUUUUCGUUUCCUGAACAUGGCGUGUGUUUGUGAACGUACAACCACCAACAGCUCGUGCUCCGAAACAUCUUUAUUUAAGCUCCUCACACCGGCCUUUAUUUUCAAAAGUCUUGUUGUUACCUUCAUAGCAGUUACAUUGAAAACGGCAGCUGUGUUUUUUCCGUCUCUGCAGGAUUGUUUGUUUUCUGAGGAGUCAUUUUGCCCAGUUUAUAUUAUCGCUAACAAGAGAAGAGAAAAACAUUGAUACACAGCAGCGAUUGUGUUGCUGCAGAGGCUUCCAGAAACUGACUCUUCAUCAACUAUCUUUACAAAUGUUUCCUCAUCCCGUUUGUUAGCCACCUCAUUAUCUCAGUCCUUCCACUUCAUUUCAGACACACUAUUAUAGCAGAAUUUAUGGUUAAUUUAGUAGGUAGAUUGCACUUUUAUGUGGCUUGUAGUUUUUCAUGCCAUCUCACGCGAGUCUUCAAAUCAUGUUCAUCGUUGCUGCAAUUACACAAAAGGGAGGAAAGUGACCCUUAAAAACGGCAACUUCUACUUUAUGAUCUGCCAAAUUGAAACAUUAAUUUAACUUGAUGAAAAAUGAAGGCUUUUUAUUGUUUGAAAUAUUUUGUGUACUUUUUACAGGAAAAAAAAAAAGACGUGUGUAGUAGAAAAAAAUAUUUUCUGGACCUGAAAGCCAUGUUUAGAAACUAAUUGUUUAUUUCUCUUUAUUAUCGAGAACUAUUAAUAAACCUGAACCUACAAGA